AAAAUAAUCAAAACUCAUAGAUGAGGACUGGACAUAUAUGUGAUGAGUAGAAACGGCGACAUUAUGGAAAUAUCCUCCUACAGUAAUUUCCUUACUGUAGCUGGAAACACGCGGCAGAAAAGCAUAACACAGGACGAAUUCAUCUUGGAAGACACUAGGAAUAACAUAUUUUAUAUUAUUGACUAAAUGAAUUAACUAUUUAUUAUAACAGCGAUAAAUAUUGUAGACCGAUGAAUUUGCCACUAAACGGUCUGCAUUCCAUUUAAAUACAUUUUUGAAUAACGAAUAGUUUGGGAGAUAAUUGCGUGUGAACCUUCAAAUCGAACACCCUGUACAUUUUAUUUAGACGAAUAAAGAACAUACGGGUCCAGCUUUACAAGUGAUCAAUAUUUACAAGAUGCAAAAGUCGAUAAUCUUCAUAAUCUUUCUUCUCUUUCGUAUCGGUGACGGAAACGAAAAUUGCCCUCAGAUUAUCGGACGGAGCGAGUGGGCUGAUGUAGACGCAAAAAGCAUAAAUUAUUUAAUUAUUCCCAUACCAUAUGUCAUUAUUCAUCAUACAGUUACCGCAGAAUGUGAUACUAGAAGUACAUGUAUUGCUCAAGCCGAGAACAUUCGAUCUUAUCACAUGGAUAGUAAUGGAUGGGAUGAUAUAGGAUACUCGUUUCUAAUCGGUGGAGAUGGGAAUAUAUAUGAGGGCCGCGGCUGGAAUCGUGAAGGAGCUCAUACCAUUGGAUAUAAUAAAAAGUCUGUCGCAAUUGGUUUCAUCGGAAAUUUUCAAGAAAAGGCCGCAAGUGAUAAAAUGCUGAAUGCUGCGCAUAAAUUAAUUCAUUGUGGCAAAUCAGAAGGAAUACUUAGAGCAGAUGUUCGUGUAAUCGGCGCUAAACAAGUUACAGCCACUAAGAGUCCUGGAUCACAACUUCAGAAACAGAUUAGAAAUUGGCCUGAAUGGGUUUCUACUCCGUAACCGCAGAACAUAAAUGUUUGAAUGUAGUAUUUGUCUAGCAAUAACAAUGUUAUACGAAUAAUAUAAUUAACAGGGAAAAUGUUGAUUUGGAUAAUAUAUUUAGCAUCUUUUAUUUUAUAUUCGUUUGUUAAACGAGUCGAUGCACCACAUAAAAUUGAAGACAUAUUUUUUUAUAUCCUUAAUUAUAUUAGCCUUAGAAAAUACUUAGUACAUUAAUAUAAGAUAAUAAAAUGUUGCUAUUAAUACUAAU